ACCAACAAACAGUUUGGUGAAAGGCGAACGAUUUGGUCUUAUGUAUCGGCCAUUCAAGACAUCGGCACGCAGCCAGUUGACAACAGAUCAACAAACAAACAAAACAAAGUCGGCAAACAGAUCGACAAACAGCAAAGCAGCCACGAUUACAGUUACUGCUACGGUUACGGUUUCCUUUUUUCCCAUUUCAUUACUUGCUUUCAUCAAACUCACCAUGUUCGGCGCUGCUGUUGAAUACAACAACAGCAUACACAAAGAUUCAUGGCAACAAGACCUUUACAUUAUCAGUGUGUGGUCAGUCACUUUGGUUCAGACAGGACAGGUUUUUACAUAUUUCGGAUUUGGCACUUGGCACUUGGAAGGAGGGAUGAUGAUUCAUGAUACCCAGAGAUACCCAUGAUGCAUUUUCAGGCGCUUUCCUUUUUCUUUUCUUCUUUGGCAGGUCACGGAUAAACAGGUUACAACGGUUAUGAAGGUUAUGAGGUUACGAUUUUACGAGGUUUAUGAUCAUACGAAGAUA